AUGUCGCCUCGAAAAUUGUACUCCGUCAGCAAUGACGAGGUGUACUUUGGUCACAAUGCAUGUCCGUCGAGCUGGGCUGGGAUUGUCGACAACAAGGAGCUUUGCAUCACGGAGAGUGGUAUUGCGGAUUUUAUCCGUGGUUCCAAUCCUGGAUUGUUUGAGAGGUUGCGUGGCUUACCUGUCGCAAGUUCGUCCCUCGAAGAAGACGACGUAGUGGUUGUGCGGCGCGAGGACCUGUCCUUGGGCCACCGGCAGUCGGCAAAGCCGAAGAUGGUCAGGAUAAGAGAUGGAGGGUCUCAUUUUCCAUUUACUUACCCAUCACAUUUGGACCGGACUCGAGAGGCAGGCUUCGUUGGUCAACGCCUAAAGGACGCUGUGUUGACAAUCGUGGACUCGAUCGACAUUGGGGACUCAACCUACACGUAUCAUCGUCAUCACGAUGAUUGCGCUAUCAGUUGCACAUUCCCGUUUUGCCCACUGAAGAACCAUGUCAUUCCAGCCACCGAUUCCUUCACUGGUGUCAGAAAGAGUACAACCGCUGAAGCUGAAACAAGCCAGUUGAUGGACUUCUAUUGCUUCGGAUGCUUGGAAUAUAUCCUGAAAGAUCAAGGGGAUGUGUUCAUUGCCGAUGGGUUUCCAACUCAAGAGAUCGCUGCUUCGUUUGAUGGAACAGUAGAUCGGGCGCACGUGCUCCAAGCGGCUGAAAGACUCCAUCCUGGUCUAAAACAUCGAGAGCUGUGGAAGAUGUAUUACCCGACUGAGCCGCCGUUGGAGGCCGGGGAAGGAUCGAACUCAAAGAGAGGCCUCCGGUUGCGUCGUCAGAAGCAGUAUGAAAUCGAACGCACUUUACAGAAAGUUAGGAAAGACAUGUUCGCCAUGGCAGGUAGCUGGAAUGACACGAAGCCUGGGAGCCUUGUUCUGGUCCGACCACGAUACCUUCCGCCAUACAGCGAUCGAUACAAAAAGCAAGGACGUGAAUGGAGCGACCGGACCAGCCAUGAGACAACUCCAGUAAGUCCCGUUACUGUUGAGAAGCCAAUUCCGAACGACCUGGUGUCUUGCUAUUGCCGUGAGCCUGCUGAUGGGAGCCCCAUGGUUCAAUGCAGCUCUGACAAGUGCAUGUUUGGAUUCGUCCACUUUCGGUGCACUGACCUCGAGGAGAUGGUUUCUGAAGAGAACAUUUUCUUCUGCAAAAAUUGC